UGUGAUAUGUCAGAUUUUCAAUAGGAUCAGGAAAAACAAUACCAAAUCACAAUCAACAAAUAAUAAUUUGAAAUAAAUAAUUACAUACCUAUGUACUUUAACAAUAAAUAAUUGUUUUACAAUAAAAUAAAUUUAAAUCACACAAUGGAUCUUGCGCGAUUACCUAACGAUAAGAAACUGCAACUCUGUAGAUGGUAUUUCAAAGUUGGCUGUGUGUUUCUACCAUUCGUAUGGGCUGUGAAUGCAGUGUGGUUCUUCAGAGAGGCCUUUGUGAAGCCUCCCUAUGAUGAGCAGAAGCAAAUCAAAAAAUAUGUAGUAAUGAGCGGCGCGGGCGCAGUGAUAUGGGGCGUAGCCCUGGCGGCGUGGGUGACCGUGUUCCAGCUGAACCGGGUGUCGUGGGGCGCCACGGGGGAUGCUCUCUCGUUCAUAGUGCCUUUGGGACGGGCGUAGCUUUAAGUUUAUAGGAAAUACAGGGUUAUUUCAAAUCAUUGGUCUGAUUUUCUCAGGUUUUGAGGAUGAGAUGGAGCAGGCUGUAUAAUCUUCCAUAUUUUUUGUGUUUGUGAGCUUCAUUAUUCAUUUACAUGCUGGCCAACCACGGCCGUGCUAACCAAUGACUAUUUUCGAAGUUACGUAUAUUAGUUUAAAUACUAACUGAUGCUUAAAAAACGCUAACCCUGGGCUCCUCUCCAGACAGGUGAGGAUGCAACGGGGAUAAAGCCAGUUGGAAGAAGCUGUAUGAAAAUUGGGCCAAUGUUUUUGAAAUAACCGUGUUUGUAAUUUAGGAGCAUAUGUUAUAUGUAUGAAAAGAGAUAGAUGGACGGAAGCACAUGAGAUCUUUAUAUCUUAUUUAGAGGCUAGGUAGGCUCUGCCUACCCCAUGCGAGACAGGCGUGAUUAUUUGUAUUAGGCACCAACCACUUCUUACAUUCCUUAUCAAAGAAUUUUUUUUAUUAAUUAUUGUGGGAUAUUUUGAACACUUUCAUAACAUUGGUUGAUGUCGAAUAAAUUACAAAGCUUAGUUAAGGAAUGAGGUAGGCGACCAAUCCGUCGCUUCUUCUACACAUGCGCUUUGAAAGCGAUAGUAGAUAUAAUUAGAUAAGUGAUGUGAAGUUAGUAAAUGAUACCUUGUAUCCAAUAUUGAAAAUAAAUCUAUUCUAUUCUAUUGUAAUACUGGAAGAAUUACUUCAGCUGGUGCAUCUUCACUUAACAGUGGUCUAUUUGUUCGGGCGAAGUACCAGGGCCCUUUUGGGGGGAGCGUCUGUUUUGAGGAGCGUUUCGUUCUAUUCUUUGAAGGGAUUCUGUGGCUUCAAACUUGGGACGCUAGCCUUGAGCUAAGUGCUUAGGUAGUUUAUAACUUUUAUGACAAAUACUAAUAUAUUGGAUAUAAUUUAAAUUUAAUUCCAUUGUAUGUAAAAUCACGUGAAAAAGGGCCUGCGAAUGCCUAUUUUCUGAAUAAAAUAUUGAUUUUGAGAUAUUAAAUAAGAAUUACUUCACUUGUGGCAGAUAUUGCUGAAGCUUAUUUCACAAUUAGUUCACUGAUAAGAUUGCUCUUUAAGGCGACUAAGGCAAUAUGCGCAUUCAUCCAAUGCAGCUUUUGUCGUGAUCCAAUAUGGGUUAGGUUCCCCUGCCAAGGAAGCGGAGCCAAUGGGAGUCGCUUCGUGUAAAAAUCUGAUUUAAUCCAAAAAAACUGAAGUUGGUGUUAUAGGCUUUGUUUUGUAUAAAUAAUUUAUUAAUUUUAGAAUUUAAGCACCUACUAUUAUUUUGUACACUUAUGUCCUGAAUGAGAUGAAAUUAAAUUGAAUUUAACAUA